AUGGAUGAAAAGUGGAAGCUAUCAAAGAAGGAAGCAGGUUCAAGCAAACAUGCAAGCACAUCCACCAAGUCAUUAUUCUCAAGGAGUUGUUCGACAAGAGGCUCUUCCUCAAACUCACCUCUCUUGAGGAGCUUAUCCCAAAAGAGUUCUUCCACAUCCACAAGCAAUCUUCCAAGGAGCUUUUCGCAGAAGAAUCCAUCUAUAGGUCGGAAAUGCACCAGUAUAGCUAAGGAACACAGAGCCAGAUUUUACAUCAUGAGGCGCUGUGUUGCCAUGUUAGUUUGCUGGCACAAGCAUGGGGAUUCUUGA